GAAGUAGGGUGCCCCAGCCCGGGGACCGGGAGCCGGGCACCGAGAGCGGGCGGGGGGAAGCGGCCCCGAAGUUUGCCUCACUUGCCGGGCGCUGCGGCGGCUCCUGUGGCCGAGGUUUAUUUUCUUGAAAAGACUCCAGGCUUUGGCUUGGAAAAUCCAACCGCCAAAAUUGAGCCCAGCAGCUGGAGCGGCAGCGAAAGCCCUGCCGAAAACAUGGAAAGGAUGAGUGACUCUGCAGAUAAGCCGAUUGACAACGAUGCGGAAGGGGUCUGGAGCCCUGACAUUGAGCAGAGCUUUCAGGAGGCGCUGGCUAUCUACCCGCCAUGUGGGAGAAGAAAAAUCAUCUUAUCAGACGAAGGCAAAAUGUAUGGUAGGAAUGAAUUAAUAGCCAGAUACAUCAAACUCAGGACAGGGAAGACGAGGACCAGAAAGCAGGUGUCUAGUCAUAUACAGGUCUUAGCAAGAAAGAAAGUUCGAGAAAUUCAAGCCGCCAUUAAGGUGUCUAGUCACAUUCAGGUUCUUGCCAGAAGGAAAUCUCGUGAUUUUCAUUCCAAGCUAAAGGUUACAAGCAUGGAUCAGACUGCAAAGGACAAGGCCCUGCAACACAUGGCAGCCAUGUCAUCAGCCCAGAUCGUCUCUGCCACUGCCAUUCACAACAAGCUGGGGCUGCCUGGGAUCCCACGCCCCACCUUUCCUGGGGCACCAGGGUUUUGGCCUGGAAUGAUACAAACAGGGCAGCCAGGAUCCUCACAAGAUGUCAAGCCCUUUGUGCAGCAGGCCUACCCUAUUCAGCCAGCGGUUACAGCCCCCAUUCCAGGGUUUGAGCCUGCAUCAGCCCCAGCUCCCUCAGUCCCUGCCUGGCAGGGCCGUUCCAUUGGCACAACCAAGCUUCGCCUGGUGGAAUUUUCAGCUUUUCUCGAACAGCAGCGAGACCCAGAUUCGUACAACAAACACCUCUUCGUGCACAUUGGGCAUGCCAACCAUUCUUACAGUGACCCAUUGCUUGAAUCAGUGGACAUUCGUCAGAUUUAUGACAAAUUUCCUGAAAAGAAAGGUGGCUUAAAGGAACUAUUUGGAAAGGGCCCUCAAAAUGCCUUCUUCCUUGUAAAAUUCUGGGCUGACUUAAACUGCAAUAUUCAAGAUGAUGCCGGGGCUUUUUAUGGCGUAACCAGUCAAUAUGAGAGUUCUGAAAAUAUGACAGUCACCUGUUCCACCAAAGUGUGCUCCUUUGGGAAGCAAGUAGUAGAAAAAGUAGAGACGGAGUAUGCAAGGUUUGAGAAUGGCCGAUUUGUAUACCGAAUAAAUCGCUCCCCAAUGUGUGAAUAUAUGAUCAACUUCAUCCACAAGCUCAAACAUUUACCAGAGAAAUAUAUGAUGAACAGUGUUUUGGAAAACUUCACAAUUUUAUUGGUGGUUACAAACAGGGACACACAAGAAACUCUCCUCUGCAUGGCCUGUGUAUUUGAAGUUUCAAACAGUGAACACGGCGCACAACAUCAUAUUUACAGGCUUGUAAAGGACUGAACAUGAUUAUUUAUAUAUAUAGAUAUCUGUAUGUAUAUACACACACUAUGUGCACACACACACUCUCCAUUAUCAAACGACUGACUGUAAACCUCACCACACAGAGUGGUGGUGCCCUGGCCCCGAGGUCACCCCAAUUUUUCUAAAUCUUGUUUGAGUGAAGUCAUUUUUUUUCAUGUGUUCAUUCUGUCAUAGCUGUGAAGUUCUGGUACAGUUGUAAAAAGAAAAAUUGAAUAGUUUCUAUGUGUUCUUCAGAUCUGUCGUAUACAAUUCCUCGGGAAAGGGGAAACUUAACAACCUAAGUCUCUCUCUCUGCAGAGACCUGUUUCUUAUUGUGGUAGAAAAUACUGAGACAGAGCAUUGGCCAUGGGACAUUUACUGCCUUUAUACAAAUGUAUUUAGUUCUCUCUUUUUAUUUCAACAUAAAAUUCUUGUUUUAAGAUACAAGUAAAAUUAAUCUUUAAAUAUAAAUGUAAAUUAGUACACAAAACUAAGAAUCUUUAGACUUAUCUUUGUAACUAAUUAGGGUGGAAGUUAUGAAAGAAUGUAAUUCACUAAAUUAUUUUUUAAAUGAAACCUUUCUUUUUUUGAAACCAAAUGUUAAACUAUAGCCUUAAGAAAUGCUUGGUAGAAAUAUUCUAAUGAGAAAAAUUUGUACUUCUUUCCUCAAGGUUAAAACUAAUCUCCUAAUCCAUUAAACUCUUAAACAAGGUAAUACAAAGGAAGAAGACUUCACCCCUUAUCCUUAACAUAUAUAGUAUAUUUAAAAAAUGUAAAAUUGUAUUGUACUAAUGUGAUGAUUGAUUAUUUAAUGAAAAAGAAAAGAUGGCUCUUUUUUGCAAUAAGUAGAUAAAUACUGAAAAAUUUAAGCUUACAAUGUUUAUAGUCUUGUGUGUGCAGUUAUAUUUUAUAUGGACAACCAAAUUUUUUAUUGAGAUGAGUAAAUAUUCGAUCCACUGAAAUUUAAUAGCAAAAGUCUAAAAUUGGCAUGAAUACUGCACUGUGAGCUGCAAAGAAUAGAGAAUCCUGUGGCUGGGAGAAAACUUCAUUGACCAAACAAGUAAAAGGCUCAUCAGUUAGGGUCUCUGCUCCCCCAGAAUGUUGCGAGCAUCCCCACCAGCCUGUGGAUAAAUUCUUUAUUUCUGAUGACCCAAUAUAAGUAGGAACCUGCUAUAACUGUAACUAUGUGUGUAAAUAUGUGUACUGAGUAUGUACACAUAUACAUCUGUGGCUGUUCCACUCCCAUUGAACAUCUGUUUAGUAGUACUCAGUUAGCUAGGUGCUGAUGUGUGUACGUAUCUCAAUCUGUGUCUGUAGUCUUAGAUCUGUUCUCUCUAAGGAUGCCCAGUACAGCGCUUGUUGGACUUAGGUUUAAGAAUUCCAUCCAUCUUUGGACUUUUGCUACCAGGCUCAUUCAGGAGGUUCUCUUUCCUAACUAAAUAUUCCAAAGCCUUGCCUGGGCAGAGUUGGUUUGAUUGGGCCACAUGUCUUGGGUAAUUUCCAAAAGUGCUUCAUCGAGGAGGGAAGAGGAAGCCUUCUUUAAAGAAAAUGUGUUUUUGUAAUCGUUUGGAAUAUGUGAACACAAUAGGAUAUGAAGUAAGUCUUGUUAUUUACAAUCCAUGGCAAGAUUUUUUUCCACCAAGGCUAGAAAGUACCACACCAAGUGACUUACUCUGUCCCUUUCCCUGCCAUCUGCUCUAACCCUCUUGUGCAUUGUUCAGCAUUUUGGGGCCAUGAGUGUAGUAUUUGGAUGGCUUGUC